AUGCAGUUCGAGUCGGACUUCCGGUUCGACAUGGACGACAGCUUCAGCAUGUGCAGCCAGGCCAUGUCGUGCCCCUCGACCGGCACCAGCUUCUCGUCGGCCUCGUCGGCCUACGAUCCCUUUACACCCACCUCGAGACGCUCGACUCCCAACGAACUCACUCUCGACUUUGACAACACGGCCUGCAACUCGUUUGCCACGGCUCACCCGGGCGAGAUGACGCCCGCCUCCAAUAACGGCAGCAACAACCCCAACAUGUCCAAGUACAUGUUUGGCUCCGUCAAGGCCGAGCCCGAGCAGAUGCCCUUUCCCAACAGCCUGCCCAGCACGCCCUUGAGGAAGAUGGACGGCAUGGCCACGCCCGACUACGACCACAUGCUGGACAUGAACCUGGCCUCUCAGCACAUGGGCUCCGUCACCCCUUCGGGCCCGUAUCCCAUGUACGCCAUCUCGCCACACACCGCCAUGCCUCCCGGCCCCUUCAUGAUGACGCCCACCCACAGCCUCUCGGGCUCCGACAUGGCCGACUCGUCCUCAACCUGGUCCUGUGCCAACGACAGCCCCAUCUCCUUCUUCCCUCAGCAGCAAAAGGCCAUGGCACCUCACGAGCUCGAGGCCCUCGACAUGGAGCGUCACUCGCAGUCGCCCCUCGACCGCUUCCACCUCAACGGACCUCCCACGCCCGGCCGCCUCCGCGCUCACCGCAAGAUGAUGGUUCACGAGAUCCAGCGCAAGACCACGGAGCUGCAACGAGCCCAGAUCCGGGCGUCAAGAAAAGUGGCUGGCCAGGGCGACGGCACCGCUGUCGACGUGGUGCGCAGAGCCAUGUGCAAGUGUGACUAUCCCGGCUGCCACAAGGCCUUUCGACGCAACGAGCACCUCAAGCGUCACAAGCAAACAUUCCAUGGCGAAGGCCCCAAUCGCUUCUCGUGCGAGUUCUGCGGCAAGGACCAGUUCAACCGCCAGGACAACCUCAACAACCACCGCAAGCUGCACGCCCGUCCCAACAGCCGGAACCGCGGCGUCGAGUUCAUCCCUGCCGCCGUGCCCGUCAUUGAGCAGGAGGAGCGAAGUCGCAAGCGCCGGGCUCCACCCAAGUCCAAGAUGGCGGAGAAGCGAGGCGACGAUUACUGA